GGCAGCUGUCUGAAAUCAACAAAAUUAGUGUAAUUUUUGGUACACUCUAAAUAGGAUUGGACCCUCGAACGGCAACUGAUUGGAAUGGUCUGGUCUAUGCGUGAAUAAAUCAAAACAAAAAACAUUAAUUCACAUGUAGAAUGCCAAAAAUGAAAAUCAAAAGUUCAAAUUAAAAUAAAAAUAAAAAUUGAGGACGAGUGGAUUCCCAUUUCCAACGAGUCCGCCAAGGAAUGGACAAAAGUACGAACAAUGGUGCAGUUAUCAGAAACCCCUGCCGACGCAAUUAGAUCGAGUCAGGGGAACGAGAUACAUUACCAGAAGUUCCAUUGUCUGCACACCACCUUUUCAACUGCUGAUUAGGUCAAUUUCUCUUAUCACUGCCACAAGUGGUUGUUUUAGUAUUGUGGUUCAUUCUUUCGUAGUGGCAAACUCAAGCAAUAUGCCAGGUUUGCCGCACACCAAAUUGGUUUCUUGAUUUAUUGUCGAACCACCAUGGUAAUUUAGCCUGUCAUUUUGGAGGACGGAUGUACAAGCUAGUUUAUAUCCUGCAUUUCUCCAGCUUUCUCUAAUGAGACACUGAUUAGUUUUGUGGGUGAGGAGCCAUGCCAUGAAAAUCUUGGAAUCUGGUUGCGAUAAAGAGGUUGUCUCUUCUACUGAUGGGUGUGAAUUGCUUACCCUUCUGGGCACUCUUUUUCUCAGUGGUGAGCUUUGUUGGUCUCCAAUGCUUUACGGAGUUAUCACUGGAAAAGUUAAAAUCAGAUGGCUUAAAUGGUGAUUAUUCUAUUCAUUCGGGGAAUGUGGCUUAUGCCACAAUUGCAUGGCUGGGUAACUUUGUGGUUAGCGUAUUUAUUCUACUCAUUUUAUGUCUUAAGACCAUGUUCUUUGGAGAGUUGUAUGCUUCUGAAACUCGAAAAGCAGUGGAACUUCUUCUCAAUUAUGUUAUUUCCAAGGGGGCAUUCCUUCCCCUGGUUGUCCCGCCAACGAAAUUUCAAGCAGGCCUGUGGUUAACUUGGUUGACUGUCAUGUGCUCCUUAAAGAUGUUUCAAUCUUUGGCAAAAGAUCGUCUUGAACGGCUGAAUGCAUCUCCUUCUGCAACACCAUGGACAUAUUUUCGUGUAUUUUCAGUGUUACUGUUGGUCCUUUUUGUUGAUCUACUUUGGAUAAGGCUUUGCUGCGUGAUGUACAGAACUUUAGGCUCAUCUAUGUUUCUGUUGCUAUUUUUUGAGCCUUUCUGUAUACUUUUUGAGACACUGCAGGCCAUUGUGGUUCAUGGAUUUCAGUUACUUGAUGUAUGGCUCCAUCAUUCAGCAGGAAACAGCGCAAAUUGCCAAAGAUCAAAUUUUUUUGAUUUAUCAGCUGCAGGUUCACUGUGGGAAUGGAAAAGCAUUCUUAUCCGAAAUUUGGGCUUUUGUCUAGACGUAGCAACUUUGUUAAUGGCGCUUGGUCAUUAUAUUCAUAUUUGGUGGCUUCUUGGCAUGGCAUUCCAUCUUGUGGAUGUAGUCCUUUUCCUAAAUAUACGUACAUUGCUGAGUGCAAUUGUGAAGCGUGUCAGGGGUUUCAUUCGAUUGAGGAUGGCUUUAGGUACCCUUCAUGGGGCACUUCCUGAUGCAACAUCUGAAGAGCUACAAGCAUAUGACGAUGAAUGUGCUAUCUGUAGGGAACCAAUGGCCAAGGCUAAAAGGCUAUCAUGCAAUCACCUUUUCCACCUUGCAUGUUUGAGAUCUUGGUUGGAUCAAGGCUUAAGCGAGAUGUAUUCAUGCCCCACCUGUCGAAAGCCACUUUUUGUGGGAAGACCUGAAGCAGCAAAUCCGCGUGCAGAAGUUUCAAGUGAUGAGCAGCUUGCACGUCAAAUAAGUUCAGGGCUUGAUCAGCCAAAUGCUUCGGGAAACACCCUGCCUACAGGAGUGUUUCCUGAUCCAUCUCAGAACCCUCUAGAAAGUGGUGGCUGGAGGGGCACAGGACUGGAUGCAAGUUGGUUGCAUGCUUGGCCAAGCCAGGGUGUUGAUGGAGCUGGCCCGUCUACUGCUGUCAGGUCAGUUGGAUUGGGAAGAGUGCAGAUGAUGAUGAGGCACCUUGCUUCUGUAGGAGAAACUUAUGCCCAAACUGCUCUUGAAGAUGCUGCUUGGAACCUUUGGCCUAUGAAUCCCUCUCAGGCUGCCACAUCUGGUUCGUCCAUUUCUACUUCUGCUGUAAGAUACCCUGGAGGUGGUACUGGUUUACAUAUGAGAACCACAUCCCACUCUGCAAAUGACGACAUCAUUAACAUACUUGCCAUGGCUGAGACAGUACGCGAGGUGCUGCCUCACAUCCCUGAUGAAUUAAUUUUCCAGGACCUGCAGCGAACAAAUUCGGUCACCGUGACUGUAAAUAAUCUUCUCCAGAUGUGAAAACGAAUUGUGUUUUCUCUAGUUACCAAACUCCUCACUCCAAGCACAGACGUAGAUUGGUGGCUAAAUAUCCAAAAUAUUCAAGGUAUGGGAGGCACGCGUCACUGCAUAUUGUUGAAUUGGCGCACAUACCAUUUUUUUUUUGUUUUUGUUUUUUAGUUUUACCUUCAUUUUGCUUUCAUAUUCCAGUUUUUCUUAUAUCCAUAAGCUUCAAUUUCUGUAUAUAAAGGCUGCUCACUAAACCAGUUGCUGCUCAUGAAAAAUGGGAGAAACAGAGAUGCAAAUAUAACAACACCCCCCCCCCCCCCCCCUCUUCUUUUGGGGGGAGAAUAAGUUUUCUAAAUAUGCACACAAAGAUGGACAGGUUUCUCUUAUGUGAUUUUGAUCCUGCAAUUUGUUGCCUUUUGCCUCUGUAUCAUUAUUGUAAUUUUACUUUGGAACACAUUUGGCAAUCAUUAUCCAAAUUAUUAUUUUACUAUUGAUUAAUAUUUGAUAUAUCUGAACUUAGAUUCCUCAACCGUCUUGGUGAUUGGAAAAACAAA